UGAGCGGCGAGGGAAUCGGGGCAGACGGGUUCGGCACAACGUACAUUCUCCACCCGUCGUCCUCCCGAGCGGCUGGCGGCGGCGGCGGCGGCGGCGCUGAGGCGAAGAACGGCGCCUGCUUCUUCUUCUCCAGCAGGAUGGAGGAUGGGAUGGAUGAGCUGUUGAGGAUGCUCUAAGCUCACCUACAUUGAUCCACCUACAUUGAUCCGUUUUGUUGUCUUGAUUGAAGGUUUUCGGAUGGAGGCCAAUGCGGCGGCUGCAAAGAGGGCGCGGGAGAGCGGUGACGCCGCGGCGGCAGCCACGGCAGGUGCCGGUGAGCAGGCGGGGAUCUCCGCCGUCAUCCCUGGAUGGUUCUCUGAGAUCAGCCCCAUGUGGCCUGGUGAGGCACACUCGUUGAAGGUCGAAGAGGUGCUGUUCCAAGGGAAGUCAGACUACCAAAAUGUCAUGGUGUUUCAGUCCUCCACGUAUGGCAAGGUGCUUGUCUUGGAUGGAGUGAUUCAGGUCACGGAGAGGGAUGAGUGUGCUUACCAAGAGAUGAUUACUCACCUUCCCCUUUGCUCUAUCAAAGAUCCCAAGAAGGUGUUGGUUAUUGGAGGUGGAGAUGGUGGUGUUUUGCGUGAAGUUUCACGACAUUCCUCAGUGGAGCAAAUUGACAUAUGUGAAAUUGAUAAGAUGGUGGUCGAUGUCUCCAAACAAUUUUUCCCUCAUCUGGCUGUUGGAUUUGAAGACCCUCGUGUGUCAUUACACAUUGGAGAUGGUGUCGCCUUUUUGAAAAAUGCUCAAGAGGGAACUUAUGAUGCAGUUAUUGUGGAUUCUUCUGAUCCAAUAGGCCCGGCUCAAGAGCUUUUCGAGAAGCCUUUCUUCCAGUCAGUUGCCAGAGCUUUGCGUCCUGGUGGUGUUGUAUGUACCCAGGCAGAGAGCAUAUGGCUACAUAUGCAUAUCAUUGAAGAUAUUGUAACCAAUUGUCGCCAAGUUUUUAAAGGCUCGGUGAACUACGCUUGGACGACAGUACCAACAUACCCUAGCGGUGUUAUUGGGUUUAUGCUUUGCUCCACCGAGGGCCCUACUGUUGAUUUCCAACAUCCUAUUUCUAACAUCGAGAAUGAUGAGUUCUCGACAAAAUCGAAAGGACCACUAAAGUUCUACAAUUCUGAGAUCCACUCUGCAUCCUUUUGUUUGCCAUCCUUUGCGAAGAGAGUCAUUGAAUCCAAGGUCAACUAGAACGAAGACCACUGAGCCCAAGGCCAACUGGACUGGAAUCCCUCGGACACAAUGAAGAAUUGGUUGUAGCGGAAUGAGUGAUGGCCCCCUUUUUUAACCCUUUAAAUAAGCAGGGAGAUGCAAACAGUUAUUGUCAAAGUGCUCUUAAAAAAAAUUCUCGGUAUAAGAACGUUUUGUACUUCGAAACUGAUUUCCGGCAUCCCCUUUAUAAUUUAACAUAAUAUUUUAAUCUGAGGUGAUUUCGUGAAUACCAAACGGGAUUUCUUUUUCAACAUGAAGGUGUUAGUUGACCUUAUGUUUUUGUUGCAUCCGUAGCCCCAGGCUGUAA